AGUACGAUUGAAUCUGCCUCCCCUUCCCCUUCAAGCUCCGACUCAGUCAACCACCUUUCCUCCAUUUCGAUCCGACAAGCUUCACAUCACCAGCAGCCAUGGGUAAGGUUCACGGAUCUCUCGCCCGUGCGGGUAAGGUCAAGUCUGCGACUCCUAAGGUCGACAAGCAGGAGAAGAAGAAGCAGCCCAAGGGCCGCGCCAUGAAGCGUCUGAAGUACACUCGCCGUUUCGUCAACGUCACCAUGACCGGUGGCAAGCGCAAGGUGCGUUAUCCCACAAGCGACUGGGAGAGCAGCAGGCGUUCAUACCCGACAUGCCGAGUUGCAUCUCCGGUUGUUUCGAACCCCUAUAAAACAGACCCUAACAUAAACCAGAUGAACCCCAACCCCGGCGCCGCCUAAAUUCUCCAUAUCUUCCAACGAGCGACAUAAGAUGAUGCAAUAACGACC